AUGGGCAUUUUGGAAUGCACACUACUAUUUCUAAUAGCAAUUUUACGAUCUGGAGAAGGAUUAGCAUUGGAUCACGACUCCUAUCAGCUACCCCAGGGUACCUCGACGUACAAAAACGGCGCCGCUACCGUCAUUCAACUCGGCGAGAAAGGCACCCAAGACCUUUUCGAUCGAUGGAUCUCGCAAGCGAUGUCUGGUCUCUUUGCCGCUGUCGCACAGAAACACAUCAAUGACGUGAAUCAUUUCGAAAGAGAAAUUCAUCAGAAUUGCUCGAAAAUUGCUAAAGACGUUCCUGAUCACGCGAAAUGUGUGGCCCGACUCUUGCGAGCCGCUGAAGAAACAAUUAAAAAAGUGACAAACCGCAAUUAUAAUAAUCCAAAUUUACGUUGGGAAGGCGCUUUUCGAGUGGCGAGAAUGAAGAGAGAAACGAGAAAGAUAACAAGACAAUCGAGCUACACUUUGCAUCAUGCUUAUGAUGAGCCACCAUUUGCACAGAUUGCUCGCUAUAUGACAAGCGGAGUUCGAGCCUUCCAGGGAAAAACGAAGAAAACCAGUUGGCAACAAAUCUUAGCCGACAUUCACACGACGGCUGACGAGGAUCGAAUGGAAAAAAGAAGAAAGAAAGCUAUGAUGCGUCGUUUACGCUCAUGGAUCGACAAUACACCGACAAAGCUCGAAGACGGAUGGAGGACACAAGCACUCGAAAUGAUGGAUGAUCAACUGAAGAAAAAAGAGGAAAUGCUAAAGAAAGCGAAAGCCACUGAGGAUGUGCGUGUACCGUUGAAAGUUCUCCGAGAGGCGAUCAAAUUGGGAAUGUCGUUGAGUGGACAAAAUAUGACGAAUUUCGAUAAAAAGACUUUACGCGUUGGCUCGCCGCGCUUCUUUUCAUUGGUAAAAGGCGAAACAGAAGACGAUAUGGUAAAUCUCUUUUCCCCGUCACUUUUCUCAAUGCAUGAGGACGGAUCAAAAACGGAAAAUCUCUUCUCAUUACCGCACUUGCUGAAAAGGUUGACGAAAAAGGAGCAAGACGCCUGGAUGGAUUUCAUCGUUGAGGCAUCGGGAGUAGGCGACGCUGUGGAGAGUGCUCGUUUCGCGAAGAAAACAGCAAAAGAGGCGGCGCUGAAGACGCCCGACGGUACACCGCUCUACUUCAACAAGAAAAAUUUGACCGAUAUGUAUGGGAAGCAAGAGGGUGAUAAAGUGGAUUUGUUUGAGAAAAUGGCUCACAAAUAUGAUGAUAAACAGAAAUCCGCUCUUGAUAAAGAUGGCUUUGCUUUUAUGACGAAAGAACAAGUGGAGAUAAUGUAUGGAAAGGAAAGCCCGUAUCAUGAUAGAGAGAGAAUCGAUGAGUAUAAGAAUUUCGUUGAGAUGCGAGACGAGGAUAAACAUCAAAAGAUCAGAAACGAAAUUCUUGAGAUCGGUGACAAGGCACUUCGAGUAAGUGCACAGAAUGUCACAGAGUUGGCCCGGAAACACGGAGCGCACCGAAGAAGCAAGCGAAACAUUGUCCUAUCGCCUAUUGUCAACACUCCACUUAUUUUCGCCUCUGCCAUUAUGUCGAAUACAUUCAUCGUCCUCUCCCCAGUCGUCUUCUCUCCAGUCAUUCUCUCGCCAGCCGUUCUCGGGCCGAUUAUUCUCUCGCCUUGGGUGUUCAUCCCAGUCAUUCUCUCGCCUCGUGUCCUUUCACCGCUGAUCGUAAAUCCGCUUAUUUUCUCGCCCGUCAUUCUCAGUCCUCUCGUCCUUCAUCCUUUCAUCCUUUCUCCUGGUAUCUUCAAUCCAUUCAUUUUAUCUCCAUUCGUCCUCUCACCGUUCAUUCUAUCACCACAAGUGUUCACCCCAGUGAUCCUCUCGCCAUUCGCCCUCUCGCCCGUUAUUCUCACUCCAAUGGUCGGGUCACCCCUCGUUCUCUCUCCUUUCGUCCUUUCCCCAAUCAUUCUCUCACCUCAAGCUCUUUUUGCUGUUGUUCUCUCACCGUAUGCUCUUUCGCCAUUAGUUGAAUCAAAGCUGAUCGCUUCGGAAGUGAUUCUCUCGCCAUCAUUCUUGUCA